CCAUCAUCGUCUGCGCAAGACAGCGCUGCCACGUCUAGAGCAACACGACACGACACGCCCGCCCCGCGAUAUCUUCGAAUCGUUUCCUCGGCGUAUUACGAGGUGGAAAACGCGCGCCCACGCUAAUUCAAUCGACGAGAGAGGGGGGGGCCGCUGCCCGACCGACCGACCGAUAACAACACCGAUUCUGCUUCUUCUCCUUACCUACACCCGGCUGAAGAGAUUGGGUUCGAUUUGUUGCGCCGACGGAUAGGAAUUGUUGUUGAACGGAUUAUUGAGGAGGGGACCGCGACGCGCACUGGAUUGGAUUCGACAUCUUUGGUCUUCCUGUUGAGGUUGGACUGUUGUUGCGGUGUGUGAUUUUUACCCACCGGCAAAGACAAAGCGCGACGACAUACGCUCCUUUCAGCCAUAUUCUAUUUGUCGAUUGGGAGGAAUGGGAAUGGGAUUUGGACCUUUCCACACAACAAUCACAAUCACAAUCACCCGGUGAAAGAAACAGAGAAAGGAAGAACAAAACGGUCACCCGACUAAACUAAUCGCAACUUGGAUUGUGUCUUCCUUCGCCGGCCUUGACAUGACCGUCACUGUUCUGGCUACUUCGACGACCAAGACGAAGACGAAGCUUCGCGAUCCGCUGCUUGCGCUUGAGAUGGCCCCGACCCAGGCGCAGGCGCGUCAUGCCGCGCCUGGUAGGAAAACGACUCGGUCGGCUGCACGACGGAGUUUGACGAAUCAGGAGAAUGAGGCCCCUGCGGGGCCGCCUAAUGGUGUUGAGAAGAAGAAGAAGAGUGCGGGUGCGAAGAGGAGUGCUGAUGUGUUCGAUGAGGAUGUAGAAGGUUUCCAGUUUACGCGUGUUACGUCCAAGAGCAAAAAGUCUAAACCAUCGGAUAAUGCCAUCCCUGAGCUUGCUCCGCCACCAGAGAAACCCCCGCAGCCGUCGCCGCGGCGGGGUCGGCCGCCGAAGAAGAAGGUCGAGCAGAAGCCCGAAGCCACCACGGCAACGGAAUCACAACAGGAGCCCUCCAAGCCCAGGAGUACAAGGCAGACGCGAGGCGCAGCGAAGCCGACUGCCCCCGAGCCAGAGCCGGAGCCGGAACCUGUGAGCGGGACGCGCUCAUCUCGAAAACGCGACCACGCCGAACCAGUCCCGACAGAGAAAAAGAAACGGAAAGGGGGGCGGCCUAGCAAAUCUCACGUGGAGGAGCAGCGCAAUGGGUUUCAGUCGCCGGAGCCGCCGCAGUCGGGAACAGCGACGAUUGCAUUACCCAUGGCGGAUACCCCGGUGAUUCAACGCAACAAGGAGAUGCGGGGCGCUGGCAAGUCUGGAAAGGGCAAUCGGCGGAGUAGUCUGGGGAUGAGGGGGCGGAGAGCCAGUUCGCUGAUUGAGUCUGGCGCGUCGAAUGCGUUACCACACAGAGAGGUAGACACGGCGGAAUUCUUCAAGCACAUCGCCAGCGACGGAUUACCGGAGCCAAGACGGAUGCGGCAAUUACUGACGUGGUGUGCCACGCGCGCCCUGAGCGACAAACCUACAGGGUCUGGCGCCGAAGACGCGAGUGCUCGAUUAGCAGCGCGUGUGAUUCAAGAGGAAUUGCUCAAGGACUUUUCCCAGAAUUCGCAACUCUCCGACUGGUUCUCACGGGAAGAUGUCGCGCCGUCCGUGGUAGUGAAGAAGCCGAACCCGAAGAACACACAGAACAGCGAAAAGAUCAAGGAACUAGAAGAGCAAAUACAGAGGCUGCACCAAGAGAAACAGUCCCUAAACGCCUUACUACGACCGCCGACUAUCCCCCCAAUCCAACCUCCAGCCGCGCAACCAGAGGAGCCCACUGAAACCCCCACCACCAGCGAGCCUUCUGCAUCCUCGAUAGACACCUCCUUAUUAGACCCGUCCCAACGACAAAUAUACGACACAAUCAAACCCGCCCCCGCCCCUGCCACACACCCACCAGACAGCACCGACACCGACACGCCCGCCCCGCACACAGAAACCGCCAUCUCAGCGCGUCUCUCGCGCAUCACACACAGCCUAGCACCAACCCUCGACUCAUUCGCCGCCGGCAUACACGACAUCGACCUCUACCGCGCGACCUCAGACCGGGUAUCAACCCGGGUAUUACAAAUCUGCGCAGACCGUCUAGAAGAGCGCGACACGCGACACGCGCUCCGCCGCCUCGCGCUCGACAACGGCAGCGAGGAGGACACGAAGACGGUCCGGCCGCGGGAAGACCUGGGGUUAGUCCUCGGUGCGCUCAGUCGGAUCGAGCGGCGGUGAUCUCAUCCUUUUUUCUUCUUCUUCUUCCCCUUCUUCAUUAUUUUUGACCCUUUGUAUCUGGCUGGAAGGGUGGCCGGUGGGUAAAGGUCGUUUGUCUGUUAUUAGUUGUUUGUUUGUUGUUGUUGAUUUGAUUGGCGGCAUGCAGCGAGCAACGGAGUUGGGAUUGGGGAGUUUGGGGGAUGUUACUUAGCGUACUUAGGUAGAUAAUUGUAUGAUUGCUUGAUUGG